AUGCUUGGCAGUGUUCUUCCGUUCAGUGAGGAGGUCGCCGACCGUGUCAGCGACUACUGUGAGGAGAGAUCCACUCCCAUCCCCAACGUCCUUUUGGAACACUGGAAAUGGACCCGGGGCAAGUUUUCCGACGCGGACAAAAUGUCAUCCCGUCUCCAAGGCUCUUGGAUGAUCUUCACAGCUCAGGAUCGUAAGCCCAAGCGAGUUUUGGAAAUUGGCUGCUACAGUGGCUACAGUGCCAUUGCUUGGUAUGAGGGAACCAAGGAUACCAAGGCCGAGAUCGUCACGCUCGAGCUCAGCCCUAAGAUGAUUGCAGCUUCCAAGGAGGCUUUCGAGAAGUUUGGCGUCAAGGACCGUGUCAAACUCAUCGAGGGCCCUGCCGAUGAAAGUCUCAAGCAACUCGAGGGCGAGUUUGACCUCAUCUUUGUCGAUGCCAACAAGGAUGGCUAUGCCUCGUACGUCCAGACCAUUCUGGACCGCAAGUUGUUGUCCAGCAAUGGCAUCAUCUACUGCGACAACGUCUUCGCCCGAGGACUCUCCAUUGGCGCUGACUGCGCCCCGUGGGUCAACGAUCACAUCCGCCAGUACUGGCUCAACUGCGGCGAGGCUUUGCAUGAGUUCAACACUCGCAUAGUCCAGGACCCCCGCGUCGAUGUUUUGAUCCUUCCCGUCUUCGACGGCAUCACCCAGAUCAAGUGGAGCAACCCGUCUUUCCGCGACCUGCCCAACUAA